AUGCCAUCCCUCACUUCGAUCCCAGUCGAGCUCGUUUGUCAGAUCCUACAUCACCUCGAGCCCAUCCACCGACUUGACGAAGGCACUCUCCUUGAGGAGGAUGAGGAGGAUGAGGAGGAUGAGGAGGAUGAGGAGAGUGAGGAGGAUGAGGAGAGUGAGGAGGAUGAGGAUGAGGAGGAUGAUGAAGAUGAUGAAGAUGAUGAAGAUGAUGAAGAUGAUGAAGAUGAUGAAGAUGAUGAAGAUGAUGAAGAUGAUGAAGAUGAUGAAGAUGAUGAAGAUGAUGAAGAUGAUGAGGAUGAGGAGUACGAGGAGCAUAAGAAGCAUAGAUGGGACUUCCGACACUGGCUUCGCACCAUUGCCUUUGUCGCACGAACAUGCCGCUUUCUACAUGAUAUCGCUGUGCCGCUACUGUACCAUGGGUAUGAAGCUUCAAUCCACCGUCCAAUCAUCCCUCUCAUCGAUCCUGUAAACGCCGAUCAUGCUCUCCAACGCUUGAAGCAUGUUGUCAUCUACGCAACAGACAUCACUCGCGACGAAACCAAGUAUCUCCCUACAAAAGAGCGACUAGAAGAGUACCGUGCCUGGAGUGAGGCCAAUGCAUCGAGCUUUUUUGAGCAAUUAAGAAGUAGAGAGAUCAAAAGUAUGUCUAGCUACGACGGUGUCGAGAAAGCCUUGUGCGGUACGCUGCCCGCAGAGAAAACGGAAGACGACGUGCUUCUACUGGAAAGCAUCGACUUCGAUUGGACUGGCGUGCCUGUCCACGAGGUUUCGUCCCUGCACCUUUGGCGAGUCCAAAAUGCCUUUCAGAAGCUUGGCCGCAACUUCGUCUACGAGAUUCACCUCGCCUAUGGUGCCCUUGGCUAUGGUGAGGAGCGUGAGAAAAAAAGCAUACUCAAAGAGCUGAUCCUACUCUUGGCCACAGCGGGCCCUCCAGGAGUGCAGAUGGCGUCGCGAAUCGGGUUCCUUGGUGAGCCAAAGGGACUCGCAUUGCCAAUGAAAGUGGUGGAUGCCCUCGGUCUUGGAGAGGAAUGGUUCGACACAGAAGAGGCCAACGAGAUCUUAUUUGGUGAGGACGUCGAUCGCAGCUACUAAGUGCAAGCCGGAUAUCCUGGCAAUGGUGAAGGAAAGAAUCAUCAAGCUCAAAGCUGA